AUGAUGACUCAGCCAUUCCCGGCCCAUCAAGGCAUCCCUCAGCACCCCGGUUUGCCUCCAGGCCACCCAAUGGCCCAGGCUCAGCAUCCGAAUAUGGUGCAAGGCCCUGGUAUGGUACAGCAGAUGCAUCCUGGUGUGUCUGCUGCUGGCCCUCAAGUCAGCCAGCCGGGGCCCAUGAUGGCUGGAAUGCCUCCUGGCGCGACAACCGGCCCUGGAGGCCAUGUUGCGAAUGCCCAUGCUUUGCAACAUUUGAACCCCGCACAGGCCCAGGCGCAACACCUCUUGCAGCAGCAGCCAUAUGGCAUGAAUGCAACGAAUAAUAACCAAAUUUUGCAGCAGCAACAAGCCAUGCGACACCGAAUGCUACAGCAGCAGCAGUUAGCGGCUCAACAACACCACGGUGGCGGUAUUCCAGUUUCGAUGCCAGCUGGAACACAAGGCAUGAGCCAAGCUCAACUCUCUGCCCUCCAAAAUUCUAACAUGCGCGGGCCUGUCAAUAUGAUGCAUUUCCAGCAGCAGAUGCCUCAUGUACCCCCGAACCUGCAACAGCAGCAGCACUACAUGGCCAUGCAACAGGCUGCGCAACAGGCUGCUGCACAGCAACAAGCGGCAGCUCAAGCCAAUCAACAGGGCCAGCACACACCACAACAGCGCGCAGCUGUCCCUCCCCAAAGCGUCACUCCUCAACCUCAACCUGGCCAUCCAGCUCCUCAGAGAGGCGGUACACCGUCACAACAGUCCAAUCCCCCGCAACAUGCUACACCACAACCUCCAUCUCAUCAAGGCUCGCAGCCUCCAACACAACCAACCCCUAAUCCUCAACACCAACAGAUUCCUCAGGCUCAACAUCCGCAGCAACCGCCUCAACAACAGCAACAAGCGCAACAAAAUCAGCAACAACAGCAACAGCAACCUAACCAACCGCAAAUCCCAAACGGUCAACAACAAGCCGUUCAGCAACAGCACCAGGCUCAGAUGAACCAGCAGCAACAGCAGCAAAUGUCCGGCCCAGACCAGUUGAAAUUGCAGCAGCAGCAACAACUCAUGCUAGAACAACAACGGCGUGCUGCAAAUCCUAUCAUGCAAAGUAACAAAGGGCCAUUGACCCAUUAUGUCAAUAGCUAUUUCGAGACUCUGAGCAAUUUCCAAAGCAACGGUGAAGAUGCAGAUCUCCUAUUCUGGCAGGACGUGGUGAAUAAAUUUUACAAUACAACAUUCCAAAUGAGUACAGGGCAGCCGUGGGGAGUUUUGCGUCAAGGUGUUCUGUUACCGGGGACUGGCUCCAAGUCUUUUGAAGUUAAUGCGACUAUCCUGCCGCGGUAUUAUGUCACGCUUUUCAACAACGGAAUCAGGAGAAUACAAACCCAUAUGGAGGCCACGCAGGAGUUUACUCCGCAGAACGGGUACCGCGUUGUAUACAGUCCCAAGACGAGUUUCAUUUAUUGGUUCUCAAAUGACUGUCAGCUGUUUGUCAAUGGUUCUCUCAAAGUCCUCGUGAAUCCCGAUUUCAAAUUCGAUCUCGUUGAUAUUUCGGUGAGCGGUUUCAGGGAAUACAUUCCUCGCAACCUAUUGCAACUUCAGGAACCACCUGAGCAGAAGCAAAGCCCCCGUGUAUCAAAGACAGGUAACAAGCGUGCUCAACAGAAGCAACCACCUCCGCCACCUACCAUCAUCCCUCCAGAGUCGCUAGUAAAUGAGAAUGGACUUCCAGCCAGCGUUCAGUGCUUUUUAGAGAUUGCAGAGCCUUUAUCAUCCAUGACAAGUUUAAUCUUUCAUAGUGCUGGUAACCCUCAAAAGAGCGCCGGAGAUGUGCUUCGAGAAGUUACUGCCAUGAUGGCGCAACAAGGAAUGAAUGCUGCAAUUCAGCAACAAGGACAGAGGACACCUAACAUGAACAAUGCGCCAUCUCAAUUCGCAUCUCCCUUGGUGGGCCAGAUGGGUUUGCCUGGUGCACAAGCUUCACCUCACCUUGGUAAUUCGGCUCAGCCUAGCCCAGCUCAGAGCCAUCUCAUGGGACCUGGUAUGAUUCCGCACCAAAACCAAGCUGCUAUGAACGCGAACGGAAACCAAGGCACGAGCGCGAACACGAGUCCCAAUGUUUCCAACAAACGUCGUCGUGCGAGCACCGUCAAGACAGAGGGCGACGAUGGUGCCGAAGUAAACGGGACAGGACCAGUAGGUGGUGCGUCGAAAGUGAAAGCCAGCCCUCGCGUUGGCGGCAAAAGACAGAAGGGUACUACUUAG